UCGAGGUGCUGGCCAUUAGCUCAACCUGUGCCUCUGCUCCGCCCGCCCCCCCCUCCCAGCUUUACUCCCCUCCUGUCCACCCCAGGGCCAGCAGGUAGCCCUAGGGGCUAUGGAAACCUGAUGGGGGAGACUGGCUUUUGUGUGGUCUUUGUGAAGCAGUGCGUACCUCAGGGUGUUCAUCCAUCAAAGGGGUUCAUCUGAAGUACUGUGUGUGAAAGCUCCCCAAGGGCCUCCUGAGCUGGGGGUCCUGAUCCUCCGCCUUCCCCUUGAACCAGGCACCAUCCCCCCUUCGAGACUAUUGGAGCAUCAGCAGCUCCCCCUCCUUCUGGGAAGAGCCCGGGGCGCCUGGUCCCUUCCCCACCCAGGGGAAGGAAGACACAAGUUACUAAGUUACUGACUACCUCAAUGCUUGUCUUUGGGGUGAGGCUUCCACCUCCCCCCAAUCUCCCUGUGGAGCAGGAGUGGCAGGCCUCACUGGCCUCCUCUGAGAAAGGGUAGGCAGGGGUAGCCCUCCCAAUGCCCUCUGGGGGGGUGUGGCUCCCAACUGUGGGUGCCCCCUGCAGCCUGUGAUCCUGUUACCCACCCCCCACGGCCCCCAGCCCACCAGGAGACCAUGGAUCGGCUGGCAGGUGCCUUUAUGGGGGAGCAUGGGGGAGGGCAGCAAGCCCCCCUGUGACAAUAGGGAACCUCCCAUGCUCUGCUCCUCCCCUUUCACACUCCCUUGGAGGUAUAAGGAGGGAACUGAACAGCCCAGACUCCGAGGCUCCAGAGAAGGGAAGGGAGGACCCAAGAGGAAGGGGCCGAAGGAGGCGUGCGUGCGGGGCUGGCCGGGCCUCCUCUCUCUGCCCCUCUGCCUGGCACACACAUUGCCCAGCUAUGGGAACCUUCGACCUGUGGACAGAUUACCUGGGUUUGGCACGCCUGGUCGGGGCUCUGCGUGAGGAAGAGGAGCCCGAGACCAGGCUGGACCCCCAGCCACAGCCUGCCCCGGAGGCAGGGGCUCAGAGGCCCAGCCCGGAACCUUCGGCAGCUCCAGAACGCCUGUGCUCUUUCUGCAAACACAACGGCGAGUCCCGCGCCAUCUACCAGUCCCACGUGCUCAAGGACGAGGCGGGCCAGGUGCUGUGCCCCAUCCUCCGGGACUACGUGUGCCCUCAGUGCGGUGCCACGCGCGAGCGCGCCCACACCCGCCGUUUCUGCCCGCUCACCGGCCAGGGCUACACCUCCGUCUACAGCUAUACCACCCGCAACUCUGCUGGCAAGCGGGUGUCCCGGCCUGACAGGGCAAGGAUGCAGGACCCAGGACAUCGCCGAGGAGGAGCAGCAGCAGCAGCGGCAGCGGCGGCCCCAGGAGGAGCAGCGGCCCCAGGGGGAGCAGCGGCGGCGGCAGCCUGCGCAGGUUCCAAAGGUGCCGGGAAGUCUUCUGGACCUUCGCCCUCUGCCUGCUGUCCCUCCACUUCUGCCUAGGAGACCGGUGCAGUGAGGAUGGCGAUGCUGCCUUCCACUGCGUAGGGGCACCCAAGCUCGGUGGAAGAUGUAUUUUAGGGGAGAUCCAGCUUGCAAGGGCCUGCCCCUGGGUCCCGGAGGCCUGGCUAAGAGAGCAGGGCCUGGGAGCGCCGCUUAAAGAGCCCCCCAUGAAGGAGGAGGUGGCCUUGAGUCACCCUGGCCCUGCCCCCCCAGCUCUGGCCAGCCAGGCAGCACUCAA